AUGGGCGCCUGUUUUGGAAAAGAAGGCUCUUCCUCCUCUAACAAUAAUAACUCUAAAUCUCAAAACAACAACUCUCACACCGCACGUGUUCACAACAACAACUCUUCUCAUCUCGACAAUGACACUGCUGCUGACAUGGACAUGGAAGAAAAUGCCAAUCCCAAUUCUGGUAAUUACGAUGUCAAAUUAUUGUUAUUAGGAAGUGGUGAAUCUGGUAAAAGUACCUUCUUCAAACAAGUGAGAAUUAUUUCACAAAGACCAUUCUCUGAAAUUGAAAGAAGACGUGUGAAAAACACUGUUCAUUUCAAUGUUGUUUCAUCCAUGGCUGUCAUGUGUCAAAAAUUAAAAGAUUUAAAUGAACAUGACCAAUUAAGUGAAGAAUUACAACAAUGUUCAGAACGUGUAUUAGCAUUGAGUAAGAAUCGAUCAUUCAUGACAUCCACAACAGCUGCCAGUAAGGGUGGUGAACGUAAUUUCUAUACCGAAGAAAUUGCCAAUGAUAUUGAAAAGUUAUGGAACAAUGAACUCAUACAACGAGUCUUUAAAACUCAUCGAAAUCAAGUUCAUGUUUUUGAUGGAGCAGAGUAUUUCUUUGAGAGAUUGGAUCGAAUCAAACGUUCUGAUUAUGUUCCAAGUGAAGAAGAUUUACUUCAUUGUCGUCAAAAGACCAUUGGAAUUGUGGAAGUGUCUUUUGAAUUUGAAGGAUUGAAAUUUUCCUUAUUUGAUGUGGGAGGUCAACGAUCCGAACGUAAGAAAUGGGUCAAUUGUUUUGAAGGAGUGAGUGCAGUGGUCUAUGUCAGUUCAUUGGCUGAUUAUGAUUUGAAAAUGUAUGAAGAUGAUUCUCUGAAUCGAAUGGAUGACUCUCUCAACGUCUUUGAAGGUCUCUGUAAUGGAUAUUUCAAAGAGACUCCAAUUAUUAUUGUCUUGAAUAAGACAGAUAUUUUCAAAAAAAAGUUACAAGUGCAUGGCAUUGACACUUGUUUCAGUGAUUAUAAGGGUGAUCUUUCCAAUUAUGAAGAAUCGGUUCAAUUCAUUCGUCAGAAGUUUUUGGCUCUCAACAAAUUUGAUGAACAGAGAAUUUGGAUGCAUGAAUGUUGUGCGACAAAUACAGAAGAUGUACGUGUGGUGUUUGAUAAGAUUAAACAUCAAGUGGCUGAUUGGAAAAAGAAACAUUCCAAUAAAUAA